UCUUACGCAGAGACUCAGUACGCGUCAAGUCGUUCAGAGGACACUUGGGCAACCGGUAGCUGCUGCUUGUACUCCACCAUUUCAAAAGCUUCUGCUUCCUCCUACCAAGUUAGUGAAUCAGUUCAGAAAUGGUGUCAAAAACAAACCUUCCGAACUUCUCAGAAACAAAGCUACCGAUUUUUGGACGGCGUCAUGUACAGUGUUUGCUGCUAUUUUGUGGCCUUUCGACCAUUUACGGAAUGCGUGCCAAUCUUUCGGUUGCUAUAGUUGCAAUGAUGGAUAAAAAUACAACGAAUCCUGAUUUCCCGGAGUACAAAUGGUCAGAGCAGACAAAAUCCAAGGUCCUCAGCAGUUUCUUUUGCGGCUACAUAUGCACUCAACUACCUGCCGGUGGCUGGGCGCGUCGUUUCGGUGGCAAAGUGAUGCUAAUGUUCACAGUAACUAGCAGCAGUAUCUUAUCCAUACUCACACCGCUUGGUGUGAGCAUCGGCGACUGGCAAUUGCUAUGUGCUUUACGAUUUCUACAAGGUUUUGGACAAGGUGCGACAAUACCAGCCAUGGCAACGAUAUUGGCCAAGUGGUCGCCAGUUGAGGAGCGCAGCUCUUUGGCAACUUAUGUGUUUUCUGGUGCACAAUUCGGCACUGUUAUAAUGUUAGCUUCCAGCGGAGCACUUGCCUCCUCUAGUUUGGGUUGGCCGAGUAUUUUUUACAUACCUGGUGGUUUGGGAUUAUUCUGGAUCUUAAUUUGGCUGUUCUACGGUGCCAGUUCACCCAGCGAUUGUAAAGUUAUUUCCGAGGCCGAACUUUCGUAUAUUGAAAUGUCAUUGAGUAAACAUGCGAAACGUGAAGAUCAUGAAAUGCCGAAUAAAGUGCCUUGGUGUAAGAUAUUAACAUCUGCACCAUUUCUGGCAUUACUAGUUACACACUGUGGACACACGUGGACCUUCUGGACACUACUCACCCAAAUACCAUCGUACAUGAAGAGCGUUUUGGGCAAGGAUAUCAAAAGUAAUGCGCUGCUCUCAUCCCUCCCAUAUCUUUCAAUGGUGAUUUUAGGAUUGGUCUGUUGUCCUUUUGUUAAUGCAUUAGAAAAAUCGAAGCUAAUCAGCACAACCGUCAGCAGAAAAAUCUUCAAUACAAUCGGUCAAUGGAUACCGGUAAUCACAUUCAUUUGGUUGGGCUAUGUGAAUGCAGAACAAAGUGAUUUGGCUGUAGCCCUGUUGACUGUAACUGUUUCGCUUAGUGCGAUAACACAUUUUGGCUGGCAGGUGAAUCAUAUCGAUCUAUCACCGCACUUUACUGGCACAUUGGUGGGAAUGUCCAAUACUAUGGCCAAUGUGAUGAGUAUCAUAGCUCCCCUAGUGGUUGGAUACAUCGUAAUUGAUCCGACGAAUCCAGUGCAGUGGCGUGUAAUAUUUUUCAUAGCUGGUGGUUUCAACUUCGUUGGGAAUCUACUUUUCAUCACAUUUGGUACAGCGAAAGUGCAGCCAUGGCACGGUGAGGAGCUUAAGGUGCACGAACUUAAGCCACUUAAUGAAGAUUUGGUGACGGUUAAGGUGACCCAGGAAGAAAAAGAAGAGAAAGAAAGAGAGGAAGAAGAAGCGGGGCUAAAGCAAUUGUUACAACUAGAUAAUAAGACUUAGAUAAAUAAAAAAAAAUUGUAUACAAAUAGACUUAAAACAAUUUAUAAUCAAAAAUGUAAUGCGAAGAGCUAAAGUGAAGCAUACGCAAUUAAUCAUUUAGGAAAUAAUAUAAUU